AUGAAAGAUCGCUCACGUGCACCGCCGUUCGCCGGGCUCGUUCUCCAGCGCGCGCCUCGCACGCGCAAGUGCCCUUUGCAAGGCAAACGCAACAGCCGAGUCGAGGAAAGAAGACGCGUUGGUCUGGUCGGGUCUGUUGUGCUCCGAGAAGGCCUGUGCAUUCCAGCGUGUAACCCAGCGAGAGUAGACGCACGGGAGAAACUUCGCAGCGUCCACCUUGGGACCCAACAGAGACGCAAGACCGUGCAAGAGCUUUGCCUCCGACCGACUCUUCAAGCGACGCUGCCAGGACAUAUCACCGGAACGCCGUCAAGCCUUGCUGCUGGAGAAGGCAGUUGUCGUCGACGCAAGAAGGUCCGCAAGUCCACAGCGAGGAUCGCCGGCACAGAAAGAAAGAAAGAUGCUUCUUCUACCGGUGGACGGAAAAGUAGCGCUCGCACAGAAGCCACACGAAGCGGUGAUCCGUAUUGCUGCCACCUGUGUGCUUACGUGUCGGACAGCUCGUGGCAAUUGAAGAAACACAUAGGGACACACAGUGCAGAGAAAGAGCUGCAAUGUCAUUUGUGUCCCGCGACAUUUGCGUCUCUCGGAAAUUACAAUCGCCACAUGCGCGGACACACUGUCGUAAACACAUACGAGUGUAGCUUCUGCCCAUUUACAUCGGCCUACAAGACGUCGAUAGAGUACCACAUGAGAACGCACACGGGUGACAAGCCUUUCGCUUGCGCGAUGUGCCCGUACGCAGCUAGGAGCACCAACGACCUGAAAAAGCACGUACGCACGCACACGGGCCAGAAACCAUACAAGUGCCCGAAGUGCCCUUAUGCUGCCUCGCAGGGCGGCCACCUGAAGCGGCACAUGAACCUGCACCCUUGAACAUGAGUUUAACUUAACGCUCUGAAAUACACAAAAUUCAUUAGUGAAAUGAUAAGCUUGAGUGGUGUCUGCAAU